AACAAACUUCAGAAAGAGGAGAGACACCCGGCCCAGGGCACCCUCUCAGGUGGACCUAGGCAGUGAAGGCCUGUGUCCGGCCGGCCAGGGCAGCGGCAUAGCGACGUAGUGCGGCCGAACCUGAGUAAAAAAGCCCCAAGUGCUCUGCACGCUGAGCGCGACUCCCUGGCGAUGCCUCACAACUCCAUCAGAUCGGAUCCGCAGAUGGAGCCAGCAGGAUGCUUUCUCCGUUGCUCCAGCUGCCUUCUGAGAAAGGGACCAGAACCGUGCCAGCCACCCUCUGCGGACCUGGGGCAGUUUCUGGGGCUGCCAGGUCAUGGAGGGCUAAACCAGCUGGGAGGGGCCUUUGUGAAUGGCAGACCUCUGCCUGAAGUGGUCCGCCAACGCAUUGUAGACCUGGCCCACCAGGGUGUGAGGCCCUGUGACAUCUCUCGCCAACUCCGAGUUAGUCACGGCUGUGUUAGCAAGAUCCUCGGCAGGUACUACGAGACUGGCAGUAUCCGGCCUGGAGUGAUAGGGGGCUCCAAGCCCAAAGUGGCCACCCCCAAGGUGGUGGAGAAGAUUGGGGACUACAAGAGGCAGAACCCCACUAUGUUUGCCUGGGAGAUCCGUGACCGGCUGUUGGCUGAGGGCGUCUGUGACAAUGACACUGUGCCCAGUGUCAGCUCCAUCAACAGAAUCAUUCGGACCAAAGUGCAGCAACCAUUUAACCUCCCCAUGGACAGUUGUGUGGCCACCAAGUCCUUGAGCCCAGGACACACAUUGAUCCCCAGUUCAGCUGUAACACCACCAGAAUCACCACAAUCAGAUUCUUUGGGCUCAACCUACUCCAUCAAUGGACUUCUGGGAAUUGCUCAGCCUGGUAGUGACAGCAAGAGAAAGAUGGAUGACAGUGACCAGGACAGCUGCCGGCUGAGCAUUGACUCACAGAGUAGCAGCAGUGGGCCCCGAAAGCACCUUCGCACCGACGCCUUCAGUCAGCACCACCUGGAGCCUCUUGAGUGCCCCUUUGAGCGACAGCAUUACUCAGAGGCCUAUGCCUCCCCCAGCCACACCAAAGGCGAGCAGGGCCUCUACCCACUGCCCUUGCUCAACAGUGCCCUGGAUGAUGGGAAGGCUACUCUGACUCCCUCCAAUACACCCUUGGGGCGCAACCUCUCAACACACCAGACCUACCCUGUGGUGGCAGCAGAUCCUCAUUCACCCUUCGCCAUAAAGCAGGAAACCCCGGAGCUAUCCAGUUCUAGCUCCACCCCUUCCUCUUUAUCUAGCUCCGCCUUUUUGGAUCUGCAGCAAGUCGGCUGUGGGGGCCCAGCCGGGGCCUCGGUCCCGCCCUUCAAUGCAUUUCCCCAUGCUGCCUCCGUGUACGGGCAGUUCACGGGCCAGGCCCUCCUCUCAGGGCGAGAGAUGGUGGGGCCCACGCUACCCGGAUACCCACCCCACAUCCCCACCAGUGGACAGGGCAGCUAUGCCUCUUCUGCCAUUGCAGGCAUGGUGGCAGGAAGUGAAUACUCUGGCAACACCUACAGCCACACCCCCUACUCCUCCUACAGCGAGGCCUGGCGCUUCCCCAACUCCAGCUUGCUGAGUUCUCCAUAUUAUUACAGCUCCACAUCAAGGGCAGGUGCACCACCCACCACUGCCACAGCCUUUGACCAUCUGUAGUUGUCAUGGGGACAGUGGGAGUGACUGGGAAACAGGAGGACUCAGCUUGGGACAAGCCCUUCAGUCAUACAAAGGAAUCUUUAUUUAUUACAUGAAAAAUAACGACAAUUCCAGCAUUGCGACUCACUCCCUGUGUGGUUAAUGAACCAUGAAUGACAAGAUGACCUUGGAGAAGGUUGAACUGUCCUCUAAAACUCCAUGAUGAUGGGCAGAAGUUCCAGAGAGAGAACCAGUUUAUUACUAAAGAGACCAAAUUGGUGGAGAAACAUGCUCAGGCUGAUGCCCACCACAAAAAAAAAAAAAGGAAGAGGAAAGAAGAGGGAGCAUGAAGAGCAUGAGGGGGUUGCAAACGGGCUAACAGUUGCUCAGUGGCCCUUGUGUGUAUCUAUCAUCAACACCACUCUAGCAAUCUUGACAGUAGUAAGCAAGUCCUUUUUCCCACAACUCAUACCCUGGGCCAAGGCUUUCCAUUAGUCACUAAGAGUCACCACUUUCUGCCUCCUGCCACCUUCUUCAGCUCAGUUUGCUUGGAUCUGCCUACACCUCCCUCCUGGGCAUGAGGAAAGGCUGGCCAAGUCCAUCAGAAACUCCGGCUGCCUGCUGACCUUCCCUUUGCUUGCUGCUGUGAACUUACAAGCACCAACCAGCCUCUCUUCCAGUAGAUUGCGUUGGCUGCUGACAGCAACCAGAUCAGCCAAAAGUAACUGGAGACAGCAAUUCCAAAGAUCCAUGGCCUUUGGGAGGUACAGUGCAGCUCUGCCAAGGGCAAAGCUAGGCAGAAUGGUGGGGACUUACUUCCCCUUCCCAACUGCUCCUACCAAAUCAAUGUGUUGUCUGCAGCUCCAGCCCACACAGCCACUGAAGAGACCUUGAGGCUGCUGGAGCUAAUAAUGAGGUCCCCUCUCUAGCCCCUGCAGUUUGUUCCCCCACAACCUGACUGUAAAUACUGUAAAUGACGCUCUGUUUAGGUCAAGCUUUCUUCUUUCCAUUCCCCAUAUUUUGGCUUCCAAGUGAAUCGUCUCCCUACUGUGUUGGGCUUUUCUCCUUGAUCCUUCUUUCUUUUCUAAAAACAACCCACCAUUGCCAAAUGACUCAAUAAACCAUUACUCUUUA